GGCAGAAGGCGGGGCCUAACGCGUCACUUCGGGAUUGUAGUGAGAGGAAGGGCAGAGCCAUGCUGCAGCAGCUGCAGUGACAGCAGCGGAAGCUAGAGCUUUGGGGAGUACUGUCCCUGCUCUCCCGGGCUCCAGAGAAGGGUUAGUCCUUUCGGACGGACCAGUCCAUUCGGAGCUCAUGGGAAGAGUGCGAAGAGAGGCGGUGUUGUUAGGAGCGAUCUCCGCCAGACGUGAGUCUUGCGGUAAGCUAAGCGCGGAGGCAGAAGCCACAGCUGGUGGAGAGGGAAGCGCAUCUCACGCUUCUGAACUGAUCUGCGUGGAUUCUAAAGCAACGCCCAGUGGGCGCUGGGGAGUGCUGAACCAACCUGAGAGGGACCUAAGAGUCCCAGAGCCCAGAUCUAAGAAAUCCUGAGACGCGAAGCCAGGCAUUUGAACCAGGCAUCCAAUUCCAGACAUCGCGGCGUGUGGAGCCAGGUACCUCAACUGGUGGAGCCCACAUCUGCUUUCAGUCUUAUAGGAAAGAGAGCGCAUAGGCAGCUAGGUCAAGAUCAAAGAGAAAGGGGAUCGGGAGCCGCACCCUAGGAAGAAAGAAACAGGGAGCUCCAUUCAACCACAUCUGGUAAGCCAGACCUGCAUACGGGCAGCAGGCACCUUGUGGAAGGGCGCACAGCAUAGUAGGCGGCAUGCGGGAGGAGACAACCUUGGCGCAGGCGGCUCACAGGGAGGUCCCGGGAUCCGAGGAGGAGCAACAGGGUGGGGGAGACUUCUCCGGCGCCGCUGGAGGUGGCGGUGGCUGCUGCAGUAGUGAGCGCCUGGUGAUCAACAUCUCGGGGCUAAGAUUUGAGACACAAUUGCGCACCCUAUCUCUGUUUCCUGACACACUUUUGGGAGACCCCGGUCGCCGAGUCCGCUUCUUUGACCCCUUGCGCAAUGAAUACUUCUUUGAUCGCAACCGGCCCAGCUUCGACGCCAUCCUCUACUACUAUCAGUCCGGAGGCCGGCUGCGGAGACCUGUCAAUGUGCCUCUGGAUAUCUUCCUGGAGGAGAUCCGCUUCUACCAGCUGGGUGAGGAGGCCCUAGAGGCUUUCCGGGAGGAUGAGGGCUGCCUUCCAGAGGGUGGUGAGCAUCAGAAGCCCUUGCCUUCUCAGCCCUUCAAACGUCAGGUCUGGCUCCUCUUUGAAUAUCCUGAGAGCUCAGGGCCAGCUAGGGGUAUCGCCAUUGUCUCCGUACUGGUCAUUCUCAUCUCUAUAGUCAUCUUUUGCCUGGAAACACUGCCUCAGUUCCGGCCAGACCCCCGAAGUAGAAGUGAUGGUGGUAGGGUAAAUUCAGGGGGCCCAGCCCCCAGAGGAAGCCAGGAAGAAGAUGAGGGAGACCAUUCAGUAUACAAACUAUUAAGUCCUAGUGUCAUUGUCCAGGGAGGAGUUGUGUCAGGACCUGGACCAUCAUCCCAACUGAUCCCCCUUGGGGAUCCUACAGAGUCUGCCUCUUUCUUCACAGAUCCCUUUUUUCUGGUAGAGACCCUCUGCAUAGUAUGGUUCACAUUUGAACUGCUGGUUCGUUUCUCAGCCUGCCCUAGUAAGCCGGCCUUCUUCCGCAACAUCAUGAACAUCAUAGAUUUAGUGGCCAUCUUCCCUUACUUUAUCACGUUGGGCACAGAGUUGGUACAACAGCAGGAACAGCAGCCUGGAGGAGGCAGCAGCCAAAAUGGGCAGCAGGCCAUGUCCCUGGCAAUCCUGAGAGUCAUACGUCUGGUCCGAGUAUUCCGCAUCUUCAAACUUUCCCGACAUUCUAAAGGUCUUCAAAUCCUAGGCAAAACAUUGCAGGCCUCCAUGAGAGAACUUGGGCUCCUCAUCUUCUUUCUUUUCAUUGGAGUUAUCCUCUUUUCUAGUGCUGUCUACUUUGCUGAGGCAGAUGAUGAUGAUUCACUCUUUUCCAGCAUCCCUGAUGCUUUCUGGUGGGCAGUGGUCACUAUGACCACAGUUGGUUAUGGGGACAUGUAUCCCAUGACUGUAGGGGGCAAGAUCGUGGGAUCUCUUUGUGCCAUUGCAGGUGUCCUCACCAUUGCCCUACCAGUACCGGUAAUCGUCUCCAACUUCAACUAUUUUUAUCAUCGUGAAACAGAGCAGGAGGAGCAAGGCCAAUAUACACAUGUCACAUGUGGGCAGCCUAUACCAGAUCUGAAAGGAGUGGGUGGGGCACUUGGCAAACCAGAUUUCUCUGAGGUUGUCCCAGAACGGAGACCCAGCUACCUUUCUACCCCACACAGGGUUUAUGCAGAAAAAAGGAUGCUGACAGAAGUUUGAUUAUUGAGAGGAAGAAGUUGGGGAUUGAAGGGAAGGGUGUAAUAAAGAAUUGUAGUAGUUUUAGAUAGUCACUCCCUAUCUAAUGCCAAGGUCUUCAUCAUUCCCUCUAACCAGAGUGACCAAAUGGCUGAACUGUGAAAUGCUAUUUCCUGGACCCCUGACUCCAGUGAUCACAAGGAUGUCUCUUGAUAUUUAAGAUAUAUGGUAUCCUUCCACGGGUGUAUCUGAUCAUUCUUACUUUUCUAACAAUUACAUGGAAUAUCUUUUCACCUUAUACUCCCCAAAGACUGAUUUCCCCUGCUUUGUCUGUAGUCUCAAAAGAAUUAAAACUCCUGGGACUAUUUUGGGACUCCAAAUCUUAGUUUUCAUCUGCUGAAUUUCUAUCUAAAGGUGGAGGGUCAGGAACAACUCACCUAAUCUACUAUUUUCAUAUGGUGCCCUUUGUCAUCUAUCUACUCAGAAGACCCUACUUUUAGCAUCACGGAUCUAACAUAUCUAAUCAUGUCUUAAGUGUAGCAAGGAUGAAAAUUUUCAGUAUUUAACUCAACCAUUUAGAAGAUGUAUAUACAGGGCAAUCUAAAAACCAAUAGAAUGAUGUGUGUGUGUGUGUGUGUGUGUGUGUGUGUGUGUGUAUGUGUGUGUAUGUAUGUGGAUAAAAACGAACCUGUCUUUUGUUUUAAUACAAUCCCGAUCAUGUUUCUCUACUUCCAGGAGGACUGGUUCUCAAAGCCAAGUAUUAGUUAUAUGCAAGUGCCUUCCCAUGAACGUGGAAUGGGGACUAGGGCAUCAUCAAGUCCAGAAAAUCAUUUAAAUGGAAUCUCAUAUAACUGUUGAUCCAGUUCUAUUGCCUCUGAAGGGCUGUAAUAUCUUAGUACAGUUUUCUCUAUUGCCCUAACUGCUACACAGUAGCAGCUUUCAACUGCCAGCUCGACCUGAAAUGCUCCCAAAUCCUCCAUAGCUGUCACACAGACUCAAGUAUUCUCUCUCUAUCCUGGGCAUUUAAACUUGGGGAUGCCUUUGAUACUUUGCUAAAGUAAACAUUUGACUUAAGUCUCCCAGAUUGGCAGAUGCAAAGAUAUUGCAAAGUGACCCAAAAAAAGAUUUCUGAGUAUAUACAAAUAUUUUCUGUUUUCAUAGGCAAUAGGAAAUAACAUUUGUUAAGAAUAGCAUUGAUUCUUUUUGGGCAGUCCUAUUGUUAGAAUCCUUUUGUUCAGUUAGAUGAGCAUUUGUGAUCUUGCUUGUGAAUUCUCUGAGCUACAUUUUUUAUAGAUGUAGAUAGUAUAGAAAGAAUGCUGAAUUUGGCUUCUAAGAUGCCACUUAUUACUUAUGUAACCAAAACUUUGCCUCAAUUUUCUUAUCUAUAAAACAUGGUGCUGGACUUGAUGAUUUCUAAGGUUCCCUUCCUACUCUAAAUCUGUGACUCCAUAACUGUCAUUCACUUCUGUUUUAAGAUUGUGGUCCUUCAGGCACCUGGGAACUUUCUUUUUCUUUUUAUAUAUGAUGUGACAUUAGUCAUAUCUGUUCAGUGUGAAAUUCAGAAACCUGAAGGAUUGUCAGCUAAGUUUUGAUUUUCUUUCUAAGGCUGAGACUGCUUGGCAGAGAUUUCUUUUGGCUCUAGGUGUGUCUAAAGAUGAAUGUCCUCUUAAGGACAAUUCCAAUGAGUUACAUACUAGAUUAGAAGUUGACUAGUCCCAGUUUCAACUCUUAGUUCUGUUUUAACUUCAUUGGGAGACUUGGGACAAAUCACUUUCCCUAUAUGUACCUCAGUGUUUCCAUCUCUUAAAUGGAGAAUAUAAUCCUUCUCUCUCCCUACCUCAUGAAACAUCUCAAUAAACUUCUUUGGUCAGAUUGGCGGUGAU